UUCGGUUCCAAUGCACGUCGGCGCGGGGCACGGCCUGGGCACGGAUCGGACGAUCAAUGACGUCCAUUGCCAUGGGAAGUCUUACUAGCAGCGCUAGAAUCACUUAGUGAUAUGCUUGUGUAAGUAUAUAAUAAACGGGAUGCACACUGAUGCUGCCUCUCAAAGAUUCGGUAAACACAAUCAUAAAGAACAUUGACACUGUACUGUAACUUCAUCUCAAAGGCUGAGACUCACAACACAAUGGCACCUAAAGGACUCGCAAUCAUCAUCGGCGCAGGACCGACUUCCGGCGCAGGGAUCGCUCGCAUUUUAGCCAGCCCUCAACAUGGCAACCUGGCAGUUGCUCUCCUCGCCAGAAACCCCGAAAACCUCCAGAAUCUCGCAGCUGAUCUACGCAAGUCUUCAAAUGGAAUCCUCCAUCCGUUCCCUACAGACACUCAGCCUGAAAACCUCCGGCAAACCUUCCAGCAGAUCGCAGAUCAUGCCGACUUCAAAGACCUAAAGCUGAAGCUCGGUAUAUACCACGUCAAGAAUUCGAGCAAGAAGCCAUUCCUCGAAGAAACUCCAGAGGCUUUCAAUGACAGCAUGAGUAUCUUCACAACCGGAGGUGUCGUCUUUGCGCAAGAAGCGCUGAAGCUCAUGUACGCACAGAAUGGGGGGCAGACGCUGCUGUCCGACACCGAUGGUGCGAAGAAAGGCACCAUCAUCUUCACGGGAACUUUGGGAGCCAUGCGCACGAAUCAGCAGUAUGCCGCCUAUGGCGCAUCUCGAGCGGCGGCGAGGAUGGUAGCACAGGCUAUUGCGAAGGAGCACAGCAAGUUUGGGGUACACGUGGUUCAUGCUAUUGCCAACGGCGGCAUCAUUGACGAAGAUAACGAAAAUACUAAGACCGGCAAACGGAUGCGCGCGGAAGAUGUUGGAGAGUUGUAUCUUUGGCUGUCACAACAGCCGAGCUCACUCUGGACUCAUGAGUUGGAUAUGAGGCCGGCACAGGAGACUUUCUAAAGUGGAAAGUCAAACGUACUGAGACAAGAAAUAAAUCGAAGCUGGAGGAAACUUGAUCACUUUGCCAAUGAACAAAGUGUUUUAAACCAUCAAUGGAAACAUGUUGACGUGGAGCGAACCGACAUGGCAUGAUGGCCUUGGCUUAAUAUGUCGGCAAGCCCCCAAUACUAGUGUUGCCCUCUACGAGGCAGCGUCCAAAGCAAUACACUUGUGUCAGACGCUAUCAAGAAACAUACAACUUGCUCGAGACCGAA